GAAAACAAGACAAUGUAUUUUGCUAUCUCUAAAGAAUACCUAAACGAGGUUAGAAAUUUGUUGUAAACACUGUGAGAAAAAUAAGUAUUGAAACUGUAUUAUUAGAAGAUUUAUUGCUAUUUCAUAUGAAAGUAGAAGAGUUAUAUCUCCAAGAAAAACAAAACCAGGUGGGAGUUACUCUUCAAAGAGUACUGUUCGAGACAGAGAUCGACAUAUUCCCCUGUUUAAACCCCCUGGAGGAAGCAGGUUGGAGUGGAGACGACACGGUCAUGUCGGAUUUGAUGAGUGCCCAGACGGAGGAGAAGAUCUGCCAAGUGAUCAAGCACCAGACGGGGGAGGGAGACGAUGAGUUCCUGACUAUUCCUCUUAAGCGUAUCGACAGCAGUCCUCAUCAACAUAACUUGCAGGACAUGGAAACGGCGCGAAGGAGCGCGGCAGCGCGGGAAGCUGAGUGUCGUGACUCAUCCAGUCAGCUGAUCCUGCGACCCGGGCCGGCUCUGCCAUAUAAGGCCUUGGUGGUCUGGUCUGGCACUGGCAACGCUAUAGCUUUUGACAUCGAUGCAAUAAUGGUGGCAUAG